GCCGAACAUUGAGUCAGAGACUCAAAUAAACUGGAUAUUUAGGUAAUCCCCCCAAUUUGCGGAACAGUAUGUCGUUCGACACAAGCAGCAACUUCGUCCCCUCCAGCAAGAUCGACCAUGUGGGAAUCUCCGCCCCAGGCGACCAAUUCGAAAGCCUGGUCGAAUGGUACAAGAAAGCAUUAGCACCGCUCAACUAUAAAGAGUUGAUGCGGUUCCCGGGCGCAGUUGGCCUGGGCGACGAAGUUCCCGAUUUCUGGAUCAUGCAGACGGAGUCGGAUACGCCCCAGAAUGUCCACUUCGCGUUUGCAGCCACUGACUACAAGACCGUUGAUGCCUUUUAUGACGUAGCCAUUGCAGCGGGCGGGAAAUGCAAUGGAAAGCCAGGGCUCCGGACAGAAUACCACCCCAAAUACUAUGGGGCUUUCAUUGUGGAUCCACGAGGGAACAACGUGGAGAUGGUUUGCCAUUAUGGAUGUCCAGGCAAGGAAUAGGGAGGAUACUUUCAUUGCAUUCUUACUGGCUGUGUCGAAAACACUCAUUUACGGAGUAUGGGUCGAACUCAUGUACCAUGGAAACGAGAGAGGAGAUUUCGGGGUGUGUUGAAUUAUGUUUUAGUUCGGAACAGCUAGUUGAAAUAGUUCUACUCAGGUUGUCCUAAUUGAGAUUAUCC